CACAAAUGAUGGCGAUCCAAACAUCCUGGCCCCAUGCUGGCAGAUGCUGGCCGGGUUUCUACAUUCUCUACACGGUCACCCUCCUACUUACCUGCUCCAAGCCUGAGUCCUUGUCAGGGACACAAUGGUUGUGCCGCCCAGUCACGCCACUAUGGGAGAAAUCAUCGACACUGGAUUUCUAGUGACUUUGAAGGACAACCCCGACACUGGAGAGCGUUUGCAGCCAGUCUGGGUGCCGCGCGACAGGUGUCCUGCUGAAAUGAUAGCAAAAUGGGAGUCGAAGAACAAGGGAGACGUAGGGCAUGAGCCUCAUGCACUUCAAAUGACAAAGCGCUCUGCUUCGUCCAUGGCAGAAAGUGGUCUUGACCAAUCAAUGGUGUACAACGAUAACAAGGUCCUGAAGAAACCCAAGCUCGAGGGAAAGGCUACCGGGUCCAAAAACGGCUCAUCAUCGCGACCGACUUACCUUGGCUUCCGGCCUUUCAACCAGAAGCCAAGACCGGCGAAACCGAUGGCCCAGCGCAAUCUGACCAUAGACAAGCCAGUUGAUCCUCCAACGAGUCAUGACACCGUGACAGCGCCCGGAAACACUGACGCGGCUGCACACUGGCUCUUGGAUCCCAUUAUGUCGACGAAGAAAGGUAUGACGGUUGUCAUUACGGGCUCCUCGGGCGGCCAUGACGACCGCGGCUGGUAUAACGGCGAGUACGAGGGCGAGCAAGCUGUCAUCCUCUCGGUGUUCAACACAGGCAACGGCUCUUUCUCGUCCACUGCGCAAGUGAAGAUGCUGGACCCUCGUGAUGGUGCCCCCUCCGUCUUCACCAUUCCCGUCGAGUACCUUGCCUCUGUGAGGCCUGACCUCCUCGGUCAGAAGGCGAUCGUUCUUCAAGGGAAUUGUAAGGGCAAAGUAGCGGUUAUCAGAGAGGAAGGUUCGGUGGAAAGCGAGUGGUUCGUCUCUGCAGGAAACAAUCAUUUUGAGAUCAACGGCGAGAACCUGGUACUUUACUCAGAGGUCGCGGAUGCGGACUGACCACAAGGGUGACAGUUGCUUGGGCCGUGCUACGUCUUUUUCACCAUUGCUGAUCGUUUGGAUGUCGCUGUAGCUGUCAUUGACUAAUCCUCAGAUUGCUCCAGUCUGCUCUCUUGUGCUGUGCCUUGCUGUUGUCGCUAUGCCUCGCUACCUACCGUAC